AUGGCUGCCUUCCGGCCAAUCGAUAUGGCAGUCUCUAAGCCAAAGUCUCGCGCCAUUUGCGCUCCUGAAUCUCAACGCGCCGACUUCAUCAUCUUCCACGCUGUUUAUUAUCCGAUCACUAACGAGGCAUUUGCGAAGACUAUUAAGUGGCUCGCAGUCUACGCCGAACCCUCGGUUGAUGAUAACAUUUUCCUCGAGUUGCUCCAGAACAGAAAUCCCCGAGACCCUCUACCCAACCAGGAACUCUGGAUUCGGUAUUAG